CAUCGUAAUUUAGUGGAAGCGUGAAACUGUAGUACAAGUAAAAUGGAUACCUUGUUUUUGACUGCGAUAUUAUUUUGCCUGACUUUUACUAGGACAGAAGAGUUCCUAAUUGCCCACACGUCAAAAAGGCUAUGUCUCUCGACACUUAACAAGGCUGUAGUCCUUGUCCAGUGCAACAUGACCAGUCCCUAUCAACAGUGGACGUGGACAAACGACUUGAAACUUCUCCACCUUCAGUCCUCCUUGUGCUUGUGGUUCAACUUGAGUAGCGAUCUUCCUCGUCACGCACGCCUAGCCGCCAUUGGCAGAUGUUCCAGCGCACCUGGCUGGAAGUGCUACGACGACAAUGGGACUUUCGGGGUCAUCGACCGUCCGCUGUUCCUCAAGAAACAGGGCCUGCGAGUGGUCCUCAGGGGAGAACAGAGGUAUUCUAACUGGACUAAGUACGAGGUCGAAUCUGGAAGGAAAGUAAUCACGGGAAGUCUAUGUGCAAAGAAAGGUCUUGCUGCAGAACGAACUACACCAAUUGUGUCUACACCUGCUAGCACAACAAGUACUAGUACAACUAGUACAAGUACUAGUACAACUAGUACAACAAGCACUAGUACAACUAGUUCAAGUACUAGUACAACUAGUACAAGUACUAGUACGGCCAGUACAACUACGAGUACAAAUUCCCAAAUACCUGUACAUAGCACCAUUGCAGCAACUAUUAUGAGCACAACUGCAAACCAAAGGAAAGCUGAUAUUACUGCUACAGUUACAGAGUCUAGCGCUGCUCCCAGUACAGAUAUAUUCCAUACAGAUAAAGCUAUAACACUCACUGCAACCACUAGUACAGGAUUGCAAAGUUCUACCACAUUGAUGGUCACCAGCACAGAUCUAACUGAAAACAGUGUUUUGACCACAGGUUUGACUUUUGUUCCUCCUAACAAUAUGAUUUCUACUGAGACACAAACUGUCACAUAUGUGGCCUCUGAAAGAUUUGUUACAAUGAGUCCUGAAACUGAACCUAUCCAUACUACAACUUCCUCUGUUACAACACAACCUACUGGGCCAGCAACUGACUCCACCACUGUCACAACUGAACAGUACUGGACUACAGAAGCUGUGCGCUGUACUGUAAACCUAACUGACACCACUGUUUUCAACGACUCUGUUUUGCUAAAAUGGAUAUCCUCUGCCGAAUCGUGCAAUUUCAGUGUUGUUUAUGCACACAACAAUUCAAAAAUCUCGGACUGCAUUGGAGACGUGGGAUACGACUUCAGCUACGAAUGCGAGGUUAGGGGAUUGGAGCCUGGUACUUUGUACCACCUGGGAGUUCAGUCAGUCACAGAGCGGACCAACGUGUCAGUUCAAACCAACCCUCAAGAGCCUGCCAGGCUGAUAUUCCACCAGGAGAAGAGCAGCAGUACAGGGCUGCAGGUGUCAUGGCCUCCGUCUCCUGGCAGGGUGGAUUGGUAUGAAGUCACUGUACGAGACAGAGACACGGGAGACACCCAGAGUGUUCGUAUCGCUGGGGGAGGCGCCACGCAGACCAGCUUUUCCGACCUGGCUCCGGGCAGCCUGUACCGUGUGAGCCUCGUGGCGUUAGCAGGAAACAAGACCUCAAGUCCAGUGCUCACCACUGCUUCUACAGUUCCCUCUGCAGUGAGUGACCUACAGCUCUCCAGGACCGUAGACAGUCUGACAGUGUCUUGGCAGCCAGGGUCUGGGAAGGUGGCUAAGUACAGGCUGCUACUCAGAGACCACAAGAGUCUUAUUCAAAAUCUGACCCUGGAGAGUCGCAUUACCUCCUAUUCACUACAGAAUCUAAUCCCAGGGCACUCCUACAACAUCACUGUGGUUACAGAGGCUGCAGGACGACAAAAUUACAGUUCCAAAGCAACCAGGACAGACCCAGCUAAAGUGUUAGAUUUGAAACUCUUGAACAACGGCAGCCAGGACAGCCUAAGGGCCUCGUGGACAAGAGCUGUGGGAGAUGUGGAUUCCUACAUUGUCACUCUGUCCCGUUCGUCCUCCCGACAAGAAGAGAGACAGCUUGCGUCCAGUGUUUCUGAGGCUCUUUUCAAAAGCUUGACCCCCGGUCUGUCGUAUACUGUGUCUGUUAGAACCAAAAGUGGGGAAUUACAGAAUGAAGCACAGGCCACAGGUAGUACAGUUCCUGGCAAAGUCUCUCAGUUACUGAUGGAGGGCCGGGGUAAGGAGAAUGUUCUGAGGAUGACAUGGGCUCCCCCUAGGGGAGAAUGGGAGCAUUACCGCAUUCUCCUUUACAACAACUCCGUUGCGAUCGUGAACACAACAGUGGAGAAGGACACAAAGGAGUAUACCUUCAGGAAACUGGACCUUAUCCCAGGACGCCUGUACAGGGCUGCAGUUAUUGUAGAGAGUGGGCAACUAAGCAGUGCUGUCCAAUGUGAAGGGAGAACAGCUCCCCUGCCAGUUCAGCAGCUGCAUGUUAAGCACACAGACAAGGCCUCUAUGACCAUCCUGUGGACUGCCCCGUUCUCAGAAUGGGAUGCCUAUGUUGUCCAGCUGAAACAUGAGGACCUCCUGGUUGUGAAAACGGAACUCGCAAGGGACCUGAGGGAGUACACAUUUAAUGAUCUGGUUCCGGGGAGACAGUACUCCAUCACUGUGACGACCAGAAGUGGGGAACAGAGUACCUCCACCUCAGUGAAUGGAAGGACUGUUCCAGCAGAAGUCACCCAGCUCACGGUUAGAAACCAGGGCAAGACAGACUGCCUGCAGACCACAUGGGAACGUGCUGCUGGAGAAACUGAAUCCUACCGCGUGCUCCUCAUCCAUGACAGCAUUGUGAUUAAGAACGACAGCGUGCCUGGGGACACCACGGCCUACAGCUUCCACUCCCUCAGGCCUGGAGCCCAGUACAGAGUGGUUGUCACCACUGUCAGCGGAGGCUUGUCAUCCCGGCAGACUGUAGCCGUCGGACGGACAGUGCCUGCGGCAGUGGGUGAGGUGACGGUCAGCAACAACGGCCGGUCGGACUUCCUCAGCGUCUCGUGGAGGCCGGCCCCUGGUGAGGCUGACAGCUACGUCGCGAGCCUGAGCGACCGGGAGAAGGUCGUCGGCACUCGGGUCUUGCCCAAGCAGAGGAACGAAUGGGUGUUCAACUCCCUGGUGUCGGGCCGCCUCUACAACAUCUCCAUCACCACGCGCAGCGGAGAGUACGAGAACCACACUGUCGUGCAGGAGCGGACACAGCCCUCUGCUGUUAAGCAGCCUACAGCCAUUCACACUGCAACGGAUGGCUACUUGAGAGUGUACUGGCAAGAUGCAGAGGGAGACUUUGACUACUACCGGGUAGUCAUAAAGCACAAAAACGACUUUCAGCAGAAUAAGACUGUGCCCAAGUCACAGACAGAAUGUGUUUUCAAAACUGUGGUCCCUGGGAGAUUGUACACUGUAACUGUCAGUACUAUAAGUGGAAAAUAUGAGACGAGUAUAUCAACAGAUGGUAGAACAUUCCCUGCAGCUGUGAAGAAUCUGGCUCUGGCAGACCGUAGCACAGAGUUCCUGCGUGUUACCUGGUCCCGAGCACUGGGAGAUGUGGAUCAUUACGUGAUCGAGCUUCUCUUCAAUGACAUGAAAGUCUUCCCUCCCAUCACCCUUAGCAACACCGCACAGGAGUACAACUUCACCUCUCUCACCCAGGGCCGCCUCUACAAGAUUGUUGUGUCCACAUUUAGUGGAUCUCUCCAACAGAUAGGAAUUAUAGAAGGGAGGACAGUGCCUAGUAAAGUGAAGAACAUUCAUGUCACCAACAAUGGUAAAACGGACAGCCUAAAGAUCAACUGGACACCUGGCGGAGGGGAUGUAGACAGCUACUCUGUGUAUAUCUCCCUGGAGAACCGCUUGCUGAGUACAUCCUCCAUCCCCAAGCAUGUGUAUGAGCACAGCUUCCAGAACCUGCAAGCGGGCCAGCAGUACAUCAUCACAGUACAGUCUAUCAGCGGCUCCUUUCACAACAACAAUACAGCCAUUGGGCGCACUGUCCCUGCAUCUGUGACGGCUCUGCAUGCAGAUAACAAGUACACCACGAGCAGCCUGGUGGUGAGCUGGCAGCCGGCUCGAGGGACAGCAGAGGGGUACGCCCUGCAGCUCCUCACUGAGCAGGGCACCCUGGUCGCUAACAAGUCCAAGCUGGCCAACGACAGUCGGCACAGGUUUGAUGACCUGACGCCUGGAAAGAAGUACCGCAUUCAGAUUUUCACUGUCAGUGGAGGGAUCUACAGCAGGAGCACUUCUGAAGAAGCAAGAACAUAUUUUGAUUUUAGGAGUAGACACAAUAGCUGUUGUUUUGCAGUUCCAGCUCCAGUGACUGCUCUGAAGGCCCAAAACAAGAACAGGACAGACAGCCUGUCAUUCACCUGGGAGAAGGCCGCAGGAGACCUCUCUGGCUACGAGGUGUCUCUGUACAAUCCCGACGGCUCCCUGAAAGCCACACUGCCGGGGAGGGCCGACCUGCGAGAGUGCCUCUUCCAGGGGCUCGUCCCAGGGAGGCUGUACAGGGUCACCGUGGCAACCAAGAGUGGAGACCUCUCCAACACAGCCACCGCUGAGGGCAGGACAGCCCCACAGCCACCCACCUCUGUGGCGUUUGGCAGCAUCACCAACACGUCCCUUGAAAUCACCUGGACAGCCCCGGCUGUCACGGACUACGAUGACUUUGACCUGCAGUGGGUGCCCCGGGACCCCCUCUCGGUGAUCAACCCCUACCACCACGGACAGUCGGGGACCCGGAUACUGAAGGAGUUAUACCCAGGCCGCCUGUACAGCUUCAGUGUGCGCACAGUCAGUGGCAACAGAAGCAACCUGAAGGCCUACAGCCAGCCCAUCUACACAACCAUCAGAACAAAGCCUGAAAGAAUUCAGCACCUCCACUGUCGGCCUCAGAAUUCAACAGCCAUCUCCUGUUCCUGGAGCCCCCCGGCCUCUGACUACGACAGCUACACCAUCGAAUGCUACCACCAGGACCCCCGGCACUUGGUGUACUCCCAGCGUACGGGCAAGGACACACAGCUCUACAGCAUCGUCAAGCUGGAGCCCCACAAGCGCUACAGUGUCUCCGUCAAAGUCAUCUCGGACACCAUGACCAGCGAGGCGGCCGAGGACAGCGUGAUCACCAUGAUCGACCGCCCGCCACUGCCGAGCCUUCACACACGGGUGAACGAGAAGUCGGCUCAGAUCACCAAGUCCACCAUCUUCUUCGGGUUCAACUGCAGCUGGUUCAGCGAUGUCAACGGGGCGGUGAAGUACUUCACCGUGAUCGUGGCUGAGUCAGACAGCAGUGAAAACUCACAGCCUGAACUGCAACACCCACUCCCAUCAUACAUGGACUAUAAAUUCAACAGUUCCAUCAAAGCCUACCAGACCAAUUACUUUCCCAGUCGGUGUGCUGAGAACCCUGACAACAGCGUUCAAAGCUUUGAGAUCAACCUGGGCACAGGGAUGGAGAGUCUGGGAGGGAAGUGUGAGCCGUUUCAGACGAGAUUCUGUGAUGGGCCGCUGAAAUCGAAAACUGCCUACAGGAUCAGCAUCCGAGCUUUCACUCAGCUCUCUGAUGAAGAUCAGAAGGAGUUCAUCCAGCCGCUCUUUACAGACACCUAUUUGUCUCUGCCCUUAAUGACGGAGGCAGAACCCCUAACAGGAGUCAUUGAAGGAAUCAGUGCUGGCAUGUUUCUUAUCGCUGUGCUGAUUGGGGUCGCUGCUCUGCUGAUCUGUCGUCAAAAGGUCCGGAAAGCAAGUGUAGAUGAGAGGUCUACUGUGAGAAUGAGCGCUCGGAGGGAGAGACCCACAUCUGGCAACGCAUACAUGGGAAUCAGAAGUAAUCGUCGAGUUUCAAGCCCUGUCAAAAUUGCACAGUUCGAAGCCCACUUCACCAAACUGCAGGCUGAUUCCAACUAUCUUCUCUCUGAGGAGUACGAGGACCUGAAAGAUGUUGGUCGUAACCAAUCCCUUGACACAGCACUUUUACCUGAGAACAGAGGCAAAAAUCGAUACAACAAUAUACUACCCUAUGACUCGACCAGAGUGAAGCUUUCCUAUGUCGAUGACGAUCCAUGCUCUGAUUACAUCAAUGCUAGUUACAUACCGGGCAACAAUUUCCGGAGAGAAUACGUUGCCACACAGGGCCCUUUGCCUGGAACAAAAGACGACUUCUGGAAAAUGGUUUGGGAGCAGAACGUUCACAAUAUUGUAAUGGUGACUCAGUGCUUAGAAAAAGGAAGGGUGAAGUGUGAUCAUUACUGGCCAUUCGAUCAGGAUCCAUUAUAUUAUGGUGAUCUUGUUGUUCAGAUGCAAUCAGAAUCUGUCUUGCCAGAAUGGACUAUCCGCGAGUUCAAAAUAUGUAGUGAGGACCAGGUGAAUUUUUCUCGGGUAGUGCGACACUUUCACUACACAGUGUGGCCUGACCACGGCGUCCCAGAAACGACGCAGUCGUUGAUCCAGUUUGUGAGGACUGUGAGGGACUACAUCAACCGGACUCCAGGCUCGGGGCCUUCAGUUGUGCACUGCAGUGCUGGAGUUGGCAGAACUGGCACAUUCAUUGCCUUGGACAGAGUCCUCCAGCAGCUGGACACCAAGGAUACCGUGGAUAUUUAUGGCUCCGUCUUUGAUCUGAGGCUUCACCGGGCCCACAUGGUGCAGACAGAGUGCCAGUAUGCCUACUUACACCAGUGUGUUAGAGACGUGCUGAGGGCAAGGAAGCUACGAAAUGAACAGGAAAACCCACUCUACCCAAUCUACGAGAAUGUCAACCCUGAGUAUCACAGAGAUAUGGUGUACACAAGACGCUAAAGAAUGUAAGGGCUGCCUCGAUUCUGAGUGAAGAUAAAACCCCUCUACUGACUCCCUUUCCAGUUUUCACAGUCAAAGCUCUGCAGGGACACACAGCAAUUUAUUUUUUACAGUGUUUAUACAUUUUAAGAUUGUUUAUAUUUAAAUAUUAUAGAGAGUAUUGUAUAUACUUGCAUAAAUGAAUAAUAUUUAUGUAAAUAUGUAUUUUUUCAUGUUAUUCCUAUACCAGUGUUAUGUUUAUUAAAGCACAUAAGCUAUUCUGUUAUUUGCACACUAUUGUUAAAUCUAGCAAUGUCAAAGCCGAUUCUGAAAUGUUUUGGAAUGCAUUGGUUCUGGUGACCUCAUCAAGGAAAUGCAUCCGCAAGUGCGAUUGAUCUGACAUUACUCUCAAGAAUGCGUUAUGAAAUUACAGUAAAAAAACAAAGUACAGUUCAACUGAAAUUUUGAAAGUUCUUCUGAAGAACCUCCUCUGAUUCUUUGAAACAUUUGCAAAAAACUAGUAGUGCAGAAGAAUAGGAUAACAACAGGAGCAUAUUGACCCAGUUUAGCUAAUGUGUGGUGCCCUGUUUGGAGUAUACAACAUACAGUUCUACUGGUCUUUGACUAUUGAGAAUAGUUCCAAGUAAAUUAUGAAUUCACUUCAUGAUUCUAUUUAAAAAAAUAUAAACCAAGCUGGAAUGCAAACAAUUACUUCCAGGAAACUCUGUGUUGACUGGUUUGUACAGUAUAGCCCACAGGAAUUAUUUUGGAAAACACAACUGCACAGUGGUUUCUGGAGAGUAAAAAAAAAAAACAACCCCCUUUUUCUCUGACAAGUCUACUCACAGUCUGUUCAGAGCAGGGAAUCGCCUUUCUUCAUCGGGGAAGACUGCGUAGCUCAAGAUAUGAAAAAAGUUGUUUUUAUUUUGUCCAGUAGGUCAAAUAAUCAAAUACGAGUUCUCAAAACUUCAGAGCCCAGUUACACAGAACGUAUAUAUUUAGACAGCAUUGCUAUAUUCCACCUGCUUCUGAAGGCCAGAGCUCUGUCUGUUAACAAAGAAAAGUCAUUAUCAAGAAGAUGUUUCCCUUCUUGCAUUGCUGCAUACAGUGCAGAUAAAUCCACUCAACUACUCUUUCAGUUUGAAGCAAGCAGUUAACAUUUUAACACUCUAGUCCUUCUCCACUAGUAGAUCGGUUUUUGUUUAUUCUUUCCAUUCUGGUUUGUUCAUUUCCUUGGACAAAAGACUACAAAACAUAAUAGUUGAUCCAUUAUCGUUGGAACGUGAAGUUAAUUUUGAAGUUGAACUAGACACUAUUAAGCUGUGCUUUUACAUUUUUCAUCAAGAAGCUUAUUUAACCCAUUUCCAGGUUUCUAACCUGGAUCGUGAUACUUUGUUUAAUCAGUCUUCCAAAGUAUUUAAUAUGUAUCUCAGACAAGGCCAGCCUUCAUUGCAUUUUUAGAAAAUGUCCUCAACACAGCUUACAUCUGCACUGCACUAACCAUACACACAAGACAGGAAUCAGUUUUGACCACGAACCCUCACAGCACAGGCCACAUAAUACUACCAGCAGCAGAAACAUGGGACUGUGUCAUCUGCAUAUACAGAACAAGUUUUGCACAUUUUGAUAUGGAAUAUACAUUUUUAAAGUGUAAAUUUAAAAAUUCUUGUAGGGAAAAUACUACAAUACAAAAUACUACACAAAAAUUGGUGUUCUUAAUGAAUCCUCUCACCAUACAAAGAAAUUAGGUUAUGGCAUUCUGUUUCUCUGUUUAUUACCAACCAGGAUAGCUAAAGCUUUCAAAGCAAUGUAGAUUCUUCUGUUACAGUGGUUACAUUUGAGUGUUAAAUUUGAGGGGCUGAUACAGAAGUAUAGAUUUGUAUAUUAUGCUAAUUAAAAGUGUGUUAAAUCUUGGCGAUUAAGUGUUAAAUUACAUUUUAAAAAUAAGUAUUGCACAAAGAAUCAAAUCACAGAAAAAUAUGUUUUAAAUCAUUUGCUGUUGAUUUAAACAUAAAGCACUAAAACUAAGCACAUCUAAAAUGCAGGUGGGACUGAAAAAGGGCUGUGGAGGGCUUUACAAAAGUUUAGAAAGUCAAAGAAUAUUUAAAACAUUUGACCUUCAGCUACUGUCUUAUAACGUGCUUUGUAUUUUCAUUACCAGGAGCAAAAUUAACUUCUCUUAUCUUGAGCUCUGUCUGCUCCAAUUCAAAAUUGCAAUUUCCUUGAAUAGGACUGGUAACGUCAUGCACUGUAUCAUUUUUCAGACAUCGGUGCCUCUUUUGAAGGGUGUGUUGAAUCUUUAUGGCGUUUGUCCUCUCCUGUUUGCUACAGUUCAGUGUAGUUCUUAAUUUCGUUGUUAGGUAUUUAUGUAAACAGCUGGCACACUCAGGAUGGUCCUCAGAAAUGAAUAUAAGAGCGUUAUGUAGCAUAACUUUGAACUGUUAUGAUGUUUUCCAGGUUUGUGACUCCUGUUGUAUCAUUUUUUGGUUCUUAAGACAUGUAGCAGAAAUACAGUACAUAUAGCUUUCAAAAGAUAUUGUGUUACAUAAUUCUUUAUGCAAUUGUAUUGCAACCAUCUAUGCAGGUUGGGUUAUUGGAAAAUAUAAGCCUGCUCUAAAAUUAAAGUGCAUUAAUAGCUAUUUUUGUGUAAAAGCAAUGAGGAAUGCAGGCAUAAGCUUGAUGAUCUGCUACAGAAAAAUGUUACUGUUGUAAUACAUUGUAUUUGCUGCUGUUUCAACCCAUGCCGUAUCAUAUUUUUAUGACAAAAAUCUUGACCAGCAAUAUUGAUUUAAUUGUUUGCAGCAUCAGGUGUCACAUAGGCUUUGCUAUAGUGUGGUUUCAGCUGUGGAGUGUUCUUCGAGUGUGAGGAACCCUUCUGCUCACGCCCGAAGGAGGAUCUCCAACCAAAACAUUGUGUUUCCUUUCUUCUCUUUUCAGCAUGGAAUAAACCUUUACUUGUUCCUUUGCAGCCUACACAUGCUGACACAGCCGCCUACUUGAACUACUAUAGUAUCUAUUAAGACUAUUAUCUAUUUAGAAUUCAAGUAACAUCAAAUCAUAUUGCCCCUGUAUAACAGGUUAAAACUUUAAUGCAGUGCUUUGUAGUUAAUGCUGCAGUUUGAGAACAAAAAGUAGCUAACAGAUUUGACUAACAAUCAAUUGACAUCAGCUGCUGGAGAAUUCACUGCAAUAAAAGUUUGGAUCAGAAAGAAGAGAGAGAAUUGUAAUGCACUAUGCUUAGUCUUGCAGGACAAACACAGCAGCAAAGCAGGUGAUACCUUCCGCCAUUCCACCAUGUUAAGAAAAACCAUUAUAUGCUGGAGAAAAGCUGUUAAAAUAUUAAGUUUUUGUAGUUCUACUCUCAAUCUUGGUAUAUGCACUGGGUUGCACAUUGUGCUGCAUACUGUGUACAUGAGCUUUGAAAUUUCAUAUUGUCUGUACUGUUAGAAAAGGGCGUUGAGACCAUUUAUAUCUAAUCAGUUUUGAAUUAGUAAUGACAUACAUUGGUAUUUGGUAGAAAAUUUGCUCCCUUAGCUAACAAACCUUUCAAAAUUGAUACAAUAUUGCUUAUUUUGAGUGUUAAAAUAUUGCCUUUGUGGAUAGGUUGCGCAGUGUUUCUUCAAAACAUACAUUUUAUGUUAUAUGUAGGAAGACAACAAAUCUUCCUAAUGAAACAAUCUAUGUAUGUUACAUAAGUGCCAGUUCUCAUUUAUAUGUUCUAUGAAUGUAUUUAAUUAAAGUUUUACACAUUAUAAA